UUCUGCUCGCUGAGCUCAACUAUGGAAUAUGCUGAAGAAGAUGAAGCCUGUCUUGAGCAGGCCCAGAAGUAUCAUGUGGAGAGACCAAUAUAUAACCAAGAGCUCUUGGAAGGGCAGCUGCACAGACGGGAAAGAACACCUCAGACUUUUGGACAGAGGGUGGCCCAUUCUUGUCGUUGUUCUUCUAAGAAAGCCAAGUCUCAUCUUUACAGUUUCUUACCAAUUUUAAAAUGGCUUCCCCGCUACCCAGUGAAGGAAUAUUUAUUAGGAGAUAUUAUCUCAGGUAUAAGCACUGGGGUUAUGCAGCUGCCUCAAGGCUUAGCCUAUGCUUUGCUGGCUGCUGUUCCCCCAGUGUUUGGCCUAUAUUCUUCGUUUUAUCCUGUCUUUCUAUAUACUUUUUUUGGGACCUCGAAGCACAUAUCAAUAGGCACCUUUGCAGUGAUCAGCAUGAUGAUCGGCGGUGUUGCUGUGAGAGUGGUGCCUGACGAGGUGCUUCCCGAGGGCUAUAACGCUACCAACGUGACAGAGCUGCUCGCCUCCAGGGAUGCCAGGAGGGUGCAGGUCGCUGUGACUCUCGCCCUGCUUUCAGGCAUCAUCCAGUUGUGUUUAGGUCUCCUUCGAUUUGGGUUUGUGGCCAUAUAUCUAACAGAGCCUCUGGUACGAGGAUUUACUACUGCUGCUGCGGUUCAUGUCUUCACUUCUCAGUUAAAGUAUCUGCUUGGAGUGAAGACUAGCCGGUACAGUGGGCCCCUCUCAGUUGUAUAUAGCAUAGCUGCUGUGAUUUCAGCAAUCACAACCACCAAUAUUGCCUCACUGGUAGUUGGAUUAACGUGCAUUGUUUUGUUGUUGAUUGGCAAGGAAAUCAAUCUCCGGUUUAAGAAGAAGCUCCCAGUUCCCAUUCCUAUGGAGAUCAUCGUGGUAAUCAUUGGCACAGCGGUUUCGGCUGGAAUGAAUCUGACUGACUCAUAUGAAGUGGCUGUGGUUGGGAAUAUUCCUCAAGGGUUACGUGCACCGAAAGUUCCUGAGAUUCAGCUCAUUCCAACAAUAUUUGUGGAUGCAGUAGCUAUAGCCAUAGUUGGAUUUUCAAUGGCUGUGUCAAUGGCCAAGAUCUUUGCACUCAAACACGGUUACACCAUUGACGGGAAUCAGGAACUUAUUGCCUUGGGAAUAUGCAACUCCGUGGGGUCUUUUUUCCAAAGCUUCUCAAUCACUUGCUCAAUGUCCCGGAGUCUCGUUCAGGAAAGCACUGGGGGGAAAACUCAGAUUGCAGGGAUGCUGUCCUCGGUCAUGGUUCUCUUGGUACUUGUGGCUAUUGGCUACCUCUUUGAACCACUUCCACAGACUGUGCUAGCUGCAAUUGUCAUGGUGAACCUGAAAGGAAUGUUCAAACAGUUUGGAGACGUCGCACACUUCUGGAGGAUCAGUAAGAUUGAGCUGGCCAUCUGGGUGGUAGCUUUUGUGGCCUCUCUUUUCCUGGGACUAGACUAUGGUUUACUUACUGCAGUAGCGUUUGCAAUGAUAACCAUUAUUUACAGAACACAAAGCCCUCAGUACAGGAUCCUGGGUCAGAUUCCUGCCACGGACGUUUACUGCGAUGUGGAGGAGUAUGAGGAGGUUAAAGAACAUCCUGGAAUAAAAAUAUUUCAAGCUAAUACAUCCCUUUACUUUGCCAAUAGUGAGGCAUAUAUGGCUGCACUGAAGAAAAAGACUGGAGUGGACCCCUGUGUCAUACUAGCAGCAAGGAGAAAAGCCCAGAAGAGGCAUGCCAAGGCAGCAAAGAGAGCAAGCGAACCCAAGAAGAAAGCGGUCCUGAAGCUAGUGAGUUCUGCGAGCAACGACGUGGAAGCAGGUGUGAAACAUGAGAUAGCAAGUGAGGAGCUGCCUGUGAACGGGACAUUCACAUCUGUGGAUGACAGCGGACAAGACCGGUCUCCUGAGGAACUUGAACACUUCGUGGAGCCAAAACCAAACAUCCACUCUUUAAUUCUGGAUUUUGCUCCAGUGAACUUUGUGGAUUCGGUUGGAGCAAAAACACUAAAAGCAAUUAUAAAAGAAUACAAAGAAGUUGGGGUCUGUGUCUGUGUUGCAGGC